GUCAUCGCUAAUGAAUCUCCUCUCUAUGAGUCGUGUAGAGUCCGUUUACGUGAGCGGUCGUGGAUUCGCUUUCAGCACACGGCUUAUCACAUAUUUUUUGUGAAGAAAAAAUAUAUAAAAAAUAAAAAAAAAUAUUAAAACACAAAAACGUAACAAAAAAAAUUGUAAAAAGUAGCAAAAAAUCGAGCGUGUUUGAGAAGUAGACCUGAUCACCAAAUAUGGCUUCUCUAUACGUCGGUGAUCUCCCACAGGACGUCAACGAAUCGGGACUUUUUGAUAAGUUCUCGUCUGCUGGUCCAGUGCUGUCCAUUCGUGUCUGCCGCGAUGUGAUUACCCGUCGCUCUUUGGGUUAUGCCUACGUCAACUUCCAGCAGCCAGCCGAUGCUGAGCGUGCUUUGGACACCAUGAACUUUGACCUGGUUCGCAACAAGCCCAUUCGCAUUAUGUGGUCUCAGCGUGAUCCGUCUCUUCGCCGCUCCGGUGUGGGCAACGUGUUCAUCAAGAACUUAGAUAGGGCCAUCGACAACAAGGCAAUCUAUGACACUUUCUCCGCCUUCGGCAACAUCUUAAGCUGCAAGGUAGCCACCGAUGAAAAGGGCAACUCAAAGGGCUAUGGAUUCGUCCACUUCGAGACCGAGGAGGCCGCAAACACGUCCAUCGACAAGGUCAAUGGCAUGUUGCUCAACGGCAAGAAGGUCUACGUGGGUAAGUUCAUCCCGCGCAAGGAGCGCGAGAAGGAGCUGGGCGAGAAGGCUAAGCUCUUUACCAAUGUAUAUGUGAAGAACUUCACCGAGGAUUUCGACGAUGAAAAACUGAAGGAAUUCUUCGAGCCCUACGGCAAGAUAACCAGCUACAAGGUCAUGUCCAAGGAGGAUGGCAAGAGCAAGGGCUUCGGAUUCGUUGCAUUCGAGACCACAGAGGCUGCUGAGGCGGCCGUUCAGGCUCUCAAUGGCAAGGACAUGGGAGAGGGCAAGUCCCUUUAUGUGGCUCGUGCCCAGAAGAAGGCCGAACGCCAGCAGGAGCUUAAGCGCAAGUUCGAGGAACUGAAGCAGAAGCGUCACGAGUCUGUGUUCGGCGUUAACUUGUACGUUAAGAACCUGGACGACACAAUCGAUGACGAUCGUCUGCGCAUCGCGUUCUCUCCGUACGGAAACAUCACAUCGGCCAAGGUCAUGACCGAUGAGGAGGGUCGCUCCAAGGGAUUCGGCUUCGUGUGCUUCAAUGCCGCAAGCGAGGCUACCUGCGCCGUCACCGAGCUGAACGGUCGCGUCGUCGGCAGCAAGCCAUUGUACGUUGCUUUGGCCCAAAGGAAGGAGGAGCGCAAGGCUCAUCUCGCCUCGCAGUACAUGCGUCACAUGACCGGCAUGCGUAUGCAGCAGUUGGGACAGAUCUACCAGCCCAACGCGGCUAGCGGCUUCUUUGUGCCGACCCUUCCGUCAAAUCAGCGUUUCUUCGGUUCCCAGGUGGCCACCCAGAUGAGAAACACACCCCGCUGGGUGCCCCAAGUGCGUCCCCCAGCAGCCAUACAGGGUGUCCAGGCCGGAGCUGCCGCUGCUGGUGGCUUCCAGGGCACAGCCGGUGCGGUGCCCACUCAGUUCCGUUCGGCUGCUGCUGGCGCUCGCGGAGCCCAGCCUCAGGUGCAGGGCACACACGCUGCCGCUGCUGCGGCUAACAACAUGCGCAACACUGGAGCUCGCGCCAUUACUGGCCAGCAAACUGCAGCCCCCAACAUGCAGAUCCCCGGAGCCCAAAUCGCUGGCGGUGCCCAGCAGCGUACUUCCAACUAUAAGUACACCUCAAACAUGCGCAAUCCUCCAGUGCCACAGUUGCAUCAGACCCAGCCAAUUCCACAGCAAUUGCAAGGAAAGAAUUCUGAGAAGCUCAUUGCCUCGUUGCUGGCCAACGCCAAGCCGCAGGAGCAGAAACAGAUCCUCGGCGAGCGUCUGUAUCCGAUGAUUGAGCAUAUGCACGCCAAUUUGGCUGGCAAGAUCACCGGCAUGUUGUUGGAGAUUGAAAACUCUGAGCUCUUGCACAUGAUCGAGGAUCAGGAGGCCCUCAAGGCCAAGGUGGAGGAGGCUGUGGCCGUGCUUCAGGUGCACCGCGUCACCGAGCCCGCCAACUAAGCUCGAACAGCUCAAGCGUAUGAACAUUUUACAAGAACACUUUACACCCAAAAAUUUUCCACUAAUCUUUCAAUACAUGAACAACAACAAUUCGCAUUCACUGAUGCUUUGCGCAAGGGAGGAUUGCCAAGGACACACAAUUAACACUGAAGAACAAAGCGAAAAAUCUACGGCUUUUUCUUUUCUAAUCCCAGAAACAUCAACAAAAGCAAUUUCAAUCAUUUAAUUUCGAACGCAUUUACGCAAGUACACGAAGCAAAAAGAAGAAAGUCACGCAAUGAAAUUCUGCAGUCCACUUAUAAAUUCUUUUUUUACAUAAACAUGUUAAUUAAAAAAAAAAAACGGAAAAAUGUGAAAUGAAAAAAAUUUCGUUAUUGCUUUAACUGGAUCGAUAUUAUUUUGUAUGCGUAUAAAGAAAACACCAGAAAACCAUUGCAAAAUAAACAGAUUAAAGCAAAGCAUACAUGUAAACCGCUUCUUGCAAGUAUUGAAAUUGUGUUUUAAAAAUUUUAAACAAGUUUCUAGUGUUACAUACAUAUUGAGUUUUUCGUACACUUUUUCCAUCCACACUUUCAAACAACAACAAACACGAAAGCGAUAUGUAAUUUUUUUCAAUUCUUUUUUCUCAAAUUCAAACUUUAAGAAAGCUUUGUUUAGAAAAAGAAACGCGACAACCAUACACUUUUAAAAAAGCAAAGAAAAAACAAAAAAAUUGCAAAAGAGUUAAAAUAAAAACGAAAAAAUGUAAAGCAAACUGUGCAGAGAACAGAAGAAUAGAAAGAAAGAAAGAAAGAAAAAGAAAACCGCAAGAAUAUGAGAGUCAAGUUUUUGCUACUUUGAGAAAAGAGAGAAAAUACAGAAUACCAACAGCUGAAAAAAUAUGUUGACAAAUGAAAACAAAACAUAAAUCAAAAAACUACAAAAAAAUGGCAAAACCUAUGUAAAAACAGCAAAAAAAUAUAAUAUAUAUAAACACAAACACACACACACAGCAACACACAUAUUAAACAAACAACAACCACAACAUAUAUGAGAAAUACAAGAAACACAUGAAAAACGCUAAAGCGUAAACAACUUAUGAAGCAUAUUAAUAAACAACAAGAAAGCAGACAGGAUUUUUAUGAUUACACUAUUAUCCGAGAGAAGGAAAAACAUGCAUACAUUUAUAAACAUUUGCGAGAACAUAUAUGUAUUUAAUGAGAAGAGCUGGUAAGCCGCCUCGAUUUCAUUUGCGUUCCGACUUCUGUUACAAAGGAAAUCGAGAGUAUUACCAGUAAAUGAUGUUUUUACACCAUACAUACAUAAAAUGAUAUAUUAACGCAAGCGGAAGUAGGAAUGGCUUUCGCUCUGGGCAGUGAAAUACAUAUUUUUUUAUUAAACAAAUCGAAAACUAAAAACAAAUAAAAACCCAAGGAAAAAUCAUUGAAAAAAUUGCAAAACACAAAACCACAUGUAUGCAGAAAAUGCAAAAAUUAUUUAAAAAAACAAACAAACAAACAAAAUAAUGAGAGUAAAACAGAAAAAAAAACAUAACCGAAACCCGAAUUGGAAUGUUCGUUCAAGGUAAAUUGCGAGAAAAAAACUUUUACUUUUCACGAAAUAUACGCAAGUCAACACACUUCUAUAUAUAGCAGAUAUAUAUAUGUAUCCUUAUAUAUUAAAGAGAAAUAAAACAUAAUUUGUAUGAUUAAAGAAAAUAGGAUUCUUGAAACUUGAUUGCGCGUCUUCGAAGCAAAAGCCCAGCAAUUAAAACCAUUUGAAGAAAUUGUAAGAAACGCAAAGAGAAAGUCCUUAAAACAUACCUUUGUACACCCAACAAAUUUAAUUACAAUAAAAUUCCACUUCGGCAAAA